AUGGCUAACGGAUACGCUCGAGAUUCCGGCGAACUGAACGCUCUACCGAAAAGUCGGAACAGAUCGCAGACCACCAUAGGUCUACCGCCAACUCCGUCGCCGCAGAAGAAACGCGCGUCUUCCUUCUAUCCUCCUCGCGGCCCGGACUUACUCGAGGAGACAAAUCCUGACCCCUUCUACCUGGAACACUCUCUUACCAACACCACGAGCUGGGGAUCUUGCCAACAGGGCCUCCGCAAUGCGAGAUCGGGUGAAGACAUUCAGAAAUAUUUUAUGGUGUCUGUCGUGAAAUCUGGCAAAGACGCCGCGGUCCCACCUGCUGCCCCUCGUACUAUCAAAUCUCAAGCCAACAUUGAUCGCUCUACACUGUCUGCCGUCGAACUUGAACAUCAACUGAGCCUGCAGGAAAUCGGGGGUCAGUCGUGGCGAGACUCUCAGACAGAGGCCACCCCAGACCUAACUCCGAGCAGCUCAUUCUCUUCCAAUCACUCAUCUCCCAUUUACCCAGAUCCGGUCUUUAAAGCUACGGAGCAACUCUACCGUUCAUUUAAGCAAGCACAAGCGCCUACUCUGAAUCGCGCGUACCCUUACUCCUCUACGCCUUUGAAUGACUCUCAAGCAACCAUACCCACAGAGCCAUCAUCUCCUCCGAACGCCUCUUCGGAAACGAUCACUAUGCCUAGAAACUAUGAUGCGUCAUCCCUUCGUGGAAAGCCCCUUCCUUCCCUACCACCAGUCCCUCGCCCCAGCACUGCGCACCCGUCUAAGAAGCAACCACCCAGCCGGCUGAUCAUCGAGCCUUCCAUGAUAUCCCCCCCCAGUCUUAUUAACCCGGUCACUCUGGAACCCCAUCGGUCACAUUUCGAUCAAGCGUUGUUCAUUCCAGCGAAUGAAUGUCCUAGCCCAGUGCCUAGUCCGGGACCACCAUCACCUUCAGUUGAUCGCCAACCACCAGUACCGUCAAUUAGAGAGAGGCCUUCCACCUCCACAUCAGAAAUGCAUCCGGAGCAGUCUGUCUGGGAGUCCGACUCCGACGCCGAGGAUUCAGACCCCAGGUCGCUUUCUCGGAAGCCAAUGGAUACCUUGAAGAAGGUCCGCAGUCGAGUGCAAUUGCGAGUCGCAAAGUCAACACCCAAGCUGCAAAUCAAUACGGCGAACAAUGCAGCCCUAGAGAAGUUUCCGACAAUGCCGGAUCCUCCUCCUCCAGAGCGCUGGUCAAGCUCUAUGAAGACUGCUCUUCAAACUCGGUCAGGCAAGGAUAUCUUGAGGCCAACUGCUCAUCAGACCCUCCGCUUAGUCGCACCGUCGACCACUUCUUUGGUUCAUCCUGGAUCACGGCGCAACAGUGCCAAAUCACAGACCUACGGUAUAGACCGUUCAACUGCUGCCGCAGCGAUCCAAGCCAAGUCUCGCCGCCGCCAGCGGUCUACAAGCCCAGAAACCUCACUUUCCGCGGAGAGGGAGAAAAUGUGUACGUUUUGCCGCGAGGAGCGAUCCGAUCGCACCAUUCACCACAGCCUGACUCUUUCUCGCCCGCCUUUAUACAAACGAGUUUGGGAAUCCUUGCGAGUUCUUGGUUGUCACACCGACAUCACGUCUACGCGUCCUCGCAAAGGGUUGUAA